AGGAGAUGAACAGAGACUGCAGACACAGUACAGGAGAUGAACAGAGACUGCGGACAUAGUACAGGAGAUGACCAGAGACUGCGGACACAGUACAGGAGAUGACAAGAGACUGCGGACACAGUACAGGGGAUGACCAGAGACUGCGGAUAUAGUACAGGAGAUGACCAGAGACUGCGGACACAGUACAGGAGAUGAACAGAGACUGUGGACACAGUACAGGGGAUGACCAGAGACUGCGGACACAGUACAGGAGAUGACCAGAGACUGCGGACACAGUACAGGAGAUGACCAGAGACUGCGGACAGUACAGGGGAUGACCAGAGACUGCGGACACAGUACAGGAGAUGACCAGAGACUGCGGACACAGUACAGGGAAAUGACCAGAGACUGUGGACAUAGUACAGGAGAUGACCAGAGACUGCGGACACAGUACAGGGGAUGACCAGAGACUGUGGACACAGUACAGG